AUGCGCGAUGGGAGAGACGCACAGCUGAGACACCAAAUUCGCUCCACCUCCGUCGUCGUUUCGAACCACAACCCCGCGCGCGCGCCGUUUCUUUCCGUGCUCCGGCUUCAACUCCGCCAGGCGCAGCAUGACGACUCUUCGGCAGCCUGCUUUUCCUUUUCGACAGCGCGCGGCUACCUGACCUCGUCGCCUCUCCGGGUAUCUGACCGGCAGUGCCACGUUGCCCCUCGACCAGCUCCGAUCAUUCUGCUCGUUCCUGCGUUUGCAUGCGGAACAAGGGUCGAGGAGAGGAUCAAGCCAGCUGCGACCGAGGAGCGUGGCUCGCCUUGUCUAUCCGAGCUAUCCUCGCUUCGUGUUUCUCGCAGCACCAGACAGCGAAGACAAAGAAGGCGGGCAAGCGGCUUUGACCGGACCGAUCUUCGCGGCGGCACGUCGCCGUCCGAGCCUGGUCCGCACACCCAGGGCUCCUUUUGCGCGCCCUGCAAGCCCAACGAUUUCGCGCAUGAAUUCGCGGCCGCGGUCAGAUCGGCGUUGGCCGCGGCCAUGCCUUCUUUUGUCGGGCUUCGGCAGGCCCUGCCGCCGUUGCAGCAGAGUGCAGGGCGGUACCACAAGAAUCUGUCAAGCCGAUCCUGCCGACCGCCGCGGCGAGACAAGCAUGGUCAGCGCCGCGUCGAUGGCAGGCCAGCCUCCAAUCCGCUAGAUGAUUACGGGCGAAACCCGAUCUUCCCACCGGCUAUCGGCAAGCUUAUGAUGCCCGGGACCGAGCUCGACGAGGAUUCCCAGCCCGACUAUGCGAAUCUGCCAAGAUCCUUGGACGAACCGGUCGCCUUGUCAGAGCGCAGUCCAGACCAACAAAAAAGCAGCUAA